AUGUCAUAUUAUUUUUAACAAAGGUACAAAUCUUAAAAACAAAUAAACAUUACAAAAACAAAAAUUAAAAUUAAAUUAAUUCUAACUACUAGUAAAAACAAAAUCAUAAUAAUAUAUACUUUAUCAUUUAAUCCUUUCAGACAUAAAAAAAAAAUGCUCUGGUUGUCUUCUCUCUCUCCCUCUUAGAGCUGGGACUCAAAUUUAGGCGGAGAUUCCGACACUAACCCAACACCCAAUGGCUCCUUGUCUCAGCCCGACCCUUCACUUUUCCCUCUUUCUCUUGAACAGCAAGAUGCCCAUCUAAAACUCCACGAUGCCCAGCCCCAACCGGAUACUCAAGAUGCUGAAAACAACGAAGACGAGGACGAUGAUGAAGCUGAUAAUGAUGAUGCUAAUGAAAACACUGAGCGUCCCAAGCUUGACGACGGCUUCUACGAAAUCGAAGCCAUUCGCCGUAAAAGGGUCCGCAAGGGUCAGCUUCAGUACCUCAUCAAAUGGCGUGGUUGGCCAGAGACAGCUAACACCUGGGAGCCUUUGGAGAAUCUCCAGUCAUGCUCUGAUGUUAUUGAGUCAUUUGAAGAGAGCAUCCACACAAGACAUCAUUCGAAGAUUCAAAGAUGGUCACAAUAACUUUGAUGAGUUUCCAGAGAAGGUUGCUCUACAGUUGAAUGAUACUCAUCCAUCACUUGCCAUAGCUGAACUCAUGAGAGUUCUUGUCGAUGAAGAGAAUUUGGAUUGGGAUAGAGCAUGGGGAUUGUUUGUGCUUUCUUGUUAAUGGAUAGCUUUGGAAGAAGGCUAUGCUCAUCUAUUUGAAGAGAAGUGUAUAUGAGAAGUAUAUAGAAUAUUACUACCUCUUUAUAUAAGUUUCAGGUAUGACUCUUCAAUUUGUAUUGUGUAGUUAUUGAACAUAUUUCCUUUAGUCUUUUUGAGAGUUAAUUUCUUACCAAAGUCGCUGUUUCCUUGCUGCUUCAUGACCAUUUUUUUCCAAUUUAACAAUUGUUGUUUUCAAUACCAUUAUAUAAUUGGGUAUUCAUGUAAGUUAGGAUCUAGGAUCUGUUGCAUAUUUGGCUUUGGAUGAUUAGUGUCCUGUCUUAAACUGAGACUUCUAUCAUUGUUGUUUCUGUUCACUUUUUUUUUGUCUUUACUUAGUCAAGAAAGACUGUAAGACUUGUUCAAUAUUUUGAAGUCACAUAAAGUUCACAAAUUACGUAUGUAGCUUUCUUGUUAUUGCUGAUUAUUGAAUUUUGUUUA